UGCUUCACUUGGGUGUGACACACACAGUGUUUAAAGCAGAUCGCUCACAGACACUUCGCAUAAUUCGCGCAUACCGCAGUUUGCGCAAAUCAAUCGACAUCGCUUCCCUACUCGAGAUGGCUCUGACCGCGCGCAAGUUCACGUCGUUCGGAAUAAGGGAUAUUCUUUCUGAUAAAUUCGAAACCGCAUCGAAACCAUUGUGUGAAUCGAGUUGUUGUCAGAACUGCAAUGAAUUGACGAAUGUUUCGAAUAUAUUUCUACAAAGUGGAAAACAUUUUUCGCCCAAGAGCAAAGGUAAUGUGUUUACAUGUUUUUUAUUAGGCCUAGAUUACACAACAUCAGAACUUUUUAUUGCAUCAUAAAGUAUCUCAUUUAUAACUAUUCAUAGAAAGAAAGAAAGAAAGAAAGAAGAGAUAAGUUUGUUUGAAAGUUUAUACUGGGCAAUGUAAUAAUCCAAUAAAGAAUUCUAGUGGUAUCAGGAAAUAUUCUUAAAUAUUGAGUCCUAUAUUGACACAAAGGAAAUAUCAUUGUAUUUAAUACUACUGUAAUAAACGUUUGCCUUCAAUUUUUUUAUUUAUAUACUGGUUCGUUCGUAAACGUUUGUCAAACCCUUGAAGUCAUUUAUUAUAGCUAUAGACAUAGUGAUAAAACGCCUCAAAACAGCCAAUUAAAAGGUUAAAAAAACUCGACUAGCCUCGUAAUCGAGAUGUGUCUUGGAUCAGUCUUAUAAACUUACAUUUAUUUUGGGUGUUUACGUUAAUGAUCACAGGCGUUGCGGAAAAUUUAUUUAGACAAGGUGAAUUAGCAGUUUGAGGAAAUAUGCGAUGAUUCCCUUCCUACAUUCGAGGGAGGCAAAUUUGUUCAGGCAAUUGGUAUGCGCAUUAUGGCUAAAAAUAAGCCAAUAUUGCCUUUCCAAUAAACAAGUUAUUUAAUUUUGAAUUUUUACUGUCAAAAUAUCGGGUGUUGAUGGAUUUAUACUAGAUAGCUCUAUCAGUUCGAAACUGCUUUGCCGAGAUGAAACGGUAAGGGUCAUCCCUUAUUUUGGACCGGGGUCCGCAGGGUAUCUGCUGAGUUUGAUAGAGUCAAACCGUGGAAGCACUCUGCCAAGACACAUAUUGAGGUCUUUAUACCCAAAAGUCUUGUCUAAAUGCUUGUGGUUUUGCGUGGAGUCGUAAAUUCAGAUGUGCAUGUUUAACAAUUUACUCAUAGUAUCUGGAUUACUGAAUUCAAAGGUCGAGCUCAUGUUGCAUAAUUGUAUAUACUACAAAUAAAAACCUUCAAUCGUAUAUUUGAUUUUUACUAAAUUUAUUUUUCACUUUUAUUACACAGAAUACCAACACACAAGCAGAACUGUUUCAGUCAUUCAAAAAACAACAGAAGCGAACUACAGUCGCUUAAAAGAGAACCAUUAUGAUCUCGAGAAAUGUGGAAAAGAUGACUCGGCAACACAUGGCCGACGGGCAAGAACAGUGUAUACACGAAAUCAAGUGAAAGAACUAGAGAAAAUCUUUCAUAUCAAUCAUUAUGUCGAUCUCGAGUCUCGGAAAUCACUCUCGAAAAGAAUUGGCUUGGAAGAAGACCGAAUUCAGGUAAUUUGAGGAAUGACGUUAAAUUGUUAUCAAUCACUAAAAUUACGUCAGGGAAUACCGUCAUUAUACAUAUGGUCCUUAUCAAAAACUUUAAAAAAACUGAUGUGCAAAUUUAGCCAGUUUUAGAACUGAUAGAGCUGUCCAUGCAAUAUAAACUAAAGUUAGUUACAACUGCAUGGACCCAUAGAUAUCUUCUAUACACUAGAUAGUGCAUCUAAUUAUAUUCUGCAAUUUAAAAAUUGAAGCCGUGAUUGCAGACUCAGGAUAUUCCCAUGAAAUGAGAAGACUCGUAUAUGUUUUCUAUUUCUUAAACAGGGUUAAACCUAUUCCAAAUACAUUUUCAAACUAUUCAAAUGAUGAAAGUUAUUGUUGUUUUUUAAGCGUUUAUUAGCGAGUUUAUUAAACUUCACAUGGCCGCCAUCUAUUCAAAUGGGGGUAACCGCUGGAAUAUUCUUGGCUUCAAUUUUACUAAAAGAGAUGCGCUAUCUAGUUUAUAUAAGAUAUCUAUACAUGGACCUUAAUUGCUGGACUUCUCUAGGGAGAACAAUUUAGACUGGUAGAGCUAUCCACUAUAUUCAGUAUACUGAACCAAAGCUAGUUUAGUUUCCUCCUGUAAACACUGGAGGGCUGGAACAAUAGGAGAAGGGCAUUACUGGACUUCUAGGAAGCCUGGAUACUUAUAAAAACUGAUAGAACUACCCUGACUAAACGGUCAACUUAGUCAGUAUUGAUAGGACAGCCGUAUGAUGUUGUAUUAUAUAUCGCACUGUGGUUCAAUAAUAAGACUAGGAAGUGUUUCAAUAUUAUAAGACUAGGAAAGCGGGAUCAUUACAUAUAUCCACAUUGUAAAGCAGUUAUGAUAAAAAUAUCAAUCAGUUGGUUUUUGGGCCACCUUUUAAUCUCAUUUUCUUCUUGAGUUUUCCGGCUGUUAUUUCGAACAACGUUCAAACAAAAUAUGCCGUGAGCUUCUUCGCGUUCCGAGUUCGGCUAAUUACUAAUCAGUGUUGCGGAAGAAAUUACGAUGUAGAUGCUGUGAUGAUAAGAUCCGUGACAAGCAACAGUACAACAAUUGACACCACGACAACUUAAAAAUAUUUUCUCUUCCUAACCAGGUCUGGUUCCAAAACCGCAGAGCGAAAUGGCGUAAAACAGAAAAGGUUUGGGGAAGCAGUUCUCGAAUGGCCGAGUACGGUUUCUACGGAGCGAUGGUGAGAUACUCCAAACAACUGGGCAAAGUGAAGGGACCUGUUUUAAAAACACCAGAAAUUAUGUCAAAACUGAAAGUUAUACAGAUCUAAAAAGAAAUAUGUAUUAGUAUUGUAUAUUUAGAUCUUAGCGCGCUUAUUUAAAUCAUAAAAAUCAUGUACAUAAUAUGUUGGCUGUAUUUAAUGAUAAAGAAACAUUACACCAUAAAAAAUCGAUGCAAAUUUUCAUUCAUCAAAAUUCCAAUGUAAUUAUUAUAAUAGAUGAAUAUACAGAGUAUAAAUGUGUAUACUAGCACAGAUGAUAUAAUUCAAGUCUUGUACAUAAUAAAACAGAUAUAUACUACAUUUUACGCUUGUAUAUAAAAAUUUAUGAGAAAAAUUUGGUUGCAUCUUCCGUCAAUCUUCAUUCAGUAUUAGAUCAGUGGUGUUACCUACCCAGGUUCUAGAAUCACCUGUGCAUGCAUGGGCAGUCACAAUGAUGGGGUCCACUAUAUUGAAGUCAGAAAGCCUAACACUAGAUUUAGUCGUUGACAUAUUUCGCUAUAAUGGCCCAUAGUGCGUUAUUGCCUUUUCAAAACUCAG